AUGGGAAAUAAUCUGCCUACAUCCACUGAAAAAGUGCAACACGAGGAAAUAUUUCAGGCCAUCAGAGAUAACAAUUUGCAAAAAUUCCAAGAUUUGCUCAACUCCUGCAGUAUUCAAUUAAUUAAUAUUGUCGAUGAAACCAAUAAAAACAAUACACCCCUGCAUAGUGCAGUUGAAGAAAACAGGUAUGAAAUAGUCCAGGCAAUACUAUUAAGAAAGUGGGAAUUGAAUAUAAAUGCAACGAAUGAGGAUGGUGACACUGCUCUACACGUUGGCGCCAAAAAGAACUAUGAUCGACUGAUGCACUUGUUGCUCAAAGAAGGAGCAACCAGCGAUGUUGUCAACAAGGAAGGCGAAACAUUUCUGGAUAUUGUUAGGAAAUUGGCAAUUCGAACAAGAAUCUGCAAAAGCAACCACCAGGUGAAGAAGAGUAAAGAUAUAUCUAACCAACAAGGACCAUCUGAAAUAGUUACAGGGCAAAGCGUGGUGCACAAAAUAACAGAAGUUGACAAAAAAGUUACAAAUCCUGCAAUCGAUAAUAAAAAACGAUUAGUAAGUCCACCUUUAUUGGGUAGAAAUGCUAAAAUAAACCAUAUAGCUAACAAGAAUUGGUCGUCUUUGCAUGUCGCGGCAUACAACGGAGAAUUAGCAAGGGUUCGAUAUUUGGUAGGCCUUGGUGCCAAAAUAGAUGCCGAAAGUAAGGACAAGUUGACGCCACUCCAUUGCGCAGCUAUGAAUGGAUUCAAAGAUGUAGUUCAACUAUUGGUCGACAAAGGCGCGAAUAUUGAGGCUAACGAUGAUCAAGAACGAACGCCAUUGUAUGUCGCAGCACAGAAUGGUCAAUUGGAUAUUGUGCAGUUUCUGGUUAGUAAAGGCGCCAGUAUUAAUGCACUUAAUGUAGAAAAUUGGACUGCAUUGCACAUUGCAUCUCAAAAUGGUCAUUUGGAGGUAGUACAGUUUUUGGUUAGUGAAGGCGCUGAUGUCAAUGCUAUUCUUGAGAAAAAUUGGACUGCAUUGCACAUUGCAUCUGAAAAUGGUCAUUUGGAGAUAGUACAGUUUUUGGUUAGUGAAGGCGCUGAUGUCAAUGCUGUUCUUGAGAAAAAUUGGACUCCAUUGCACAUUGCAUCUGAAAAUGGUCAUUUGGAGAUAAAAAAUUGGACUGCAUUGCACAUUGCAUCUGAAAAUGGUCAUUUGGAGAUAGUACAGUUUUUGGUAGAGAAAGGCGUUGAUGUCAAUGCUAUUACCGUAGAAAAUUGUACUCCAUUGCACAUUGCAUCUGAAAAUGGUCUUGGAGUAGUGCAGUUUCUGAUUAGUAAAGGCGCUGAUGUCAAUGCUGUUAAUAAAACAAAUUGGACUCCAUUGCACUUUGCAACUCAAGAUGGUCACUUGGAAGUAGUGCAGUUUCUGGUAAGUAAAGGCGCCAAUGUUAAUGCUGUUGAUAGAGAAAAUUGGACUCCAUUGCACUCUGCAGCUUAUAUUGGUCACCAAAAUAUAGUCAAAGCAUUGAUGGACAAAGGUGCAAACACUAAUGUAGUAGAUCUCAAUAACAAGACCCCAAUAGACCUUGCAUACGAGGCAGGGCACAAGGAAAUCGUCGAACUAUUGCAAAAUUAA